AUGUCCAUAUUUCAGCUUCUAGCUUCUCAACCCAGUGGGGCCUUCGCUCAUUUACGUUUUGAUUUCGAAAUUCCCAAACUGACAUACUAUCCGCCUCGACUAUCAAACACUCGGAACACAGAUACUCGGACUCUUCUUGUGGGGAAUGUGCGUCGCAGAAUCUCGGUUGACUCUGCCAUUCAGUGCGACUCUGAUCAAUCUCCAUACGUUGCACUUUGCUUGGCUGACGGAACUAUACUUUUGGUCGACGUCAAAGAAGGUCAUGAGAAUCCUGACAUUAUUUGGUGUGCACAACUUCAUGUGCGAGGUGAAUUAUUUGGUCUCUCCAAGACACAGCUCACACUUGCAGACAACUGUGACUCAGUUUGUGCAUGCCAAUGGAACGGAACUACAUACGUAUUUAACCACCGACGUGAGAUCCUACGCUUCAUGCUCGGCCAAGCCUGUCACGCAUUUACGGCUGGCCAGUACGCCGUUAAACCUUGCUGCAACGAACCAGUACUUGUCUACGCUACCUUCGAGCCUAGCAUAAUCGUAUACCAUCAUCUUGGUCUGGACCGUGUCCCAGUCAGAUCGUUAAUCCAUGAUUUGAUUAAUCUCCCUACCCAGCAUCCAUUACGUGUAAAGCUGUCUAAUCUCGGCAUAGACGGUAAUCAGUUGGAUACAUUUAGGUUACUUUGUUUAAGGCUUACUGUACGGCUACACUAG